AUGUCGAGAUUUUCCAUGGGGGAACACACGAUCUUCCAUGAUGACGCAGUUAUGUGGAGAGUUGGGGGUAAAUUUGGGGAUAAAUACCCAAUUGAAAGGCAAUCGACUUCACAUCUUCUCUCUGAUUUUCUAGCAAAAUUAUUGUUUUUCUUCUGGAGAUUUGCCGAUCAUUUGAUCACAAUGGUGGAUGGAAUUUGUCGUGUUAUGCAAGACAUCGAUUUGGGGGUUAAUGAUGAGCCUUUUGUUCUGCCACAGGCGGUGAUUCAACAAGCGGCAGAAGAGAAUCAUUUCAUUCUUGUGGGCCAACCGGUUAUGCCAAGAAGACAAAACCUUUGUGUCAUCAUUGCUGCGAUGCCUCGAACUUGGGGUUUGGAAGGUAACGUUCGUGGGAGAAUAACUGAAGGUAGAAUAUUUCAGUUCGUCUUUCCAUCUGAGGAAGCCACGGAAACGGUGAUUUGUCGGGGUCCAUUGGCGUAUGCUGAGAGAAUGUUGGUCCUUCAUCGUUGGGCUCCUCUGAUGGAUGUGGAUCUCCUCAACUACAUACCUUUAUGGAUUCAGAUCCUAGGGAUUCCCUUCCAGUUCAUGAACAGAGAGGUCAUUCUCCACAUCGCCCGUGCAAUGAAUCAGCAAUACAUUCAAAUGGAGUAUAAUGAAGAGAAUGGUGGGCGCUUAGAAUUAAUCAGGAUCCGCCUCAACUGGAACAUCAAUCAUCCCUUAAAGUUUCAGCGCAACUUUCAAUUCUCUCCAGGAGAGAAUACUCUAUUGUGUUUCCACUAUGAACGCUUGAGAGGCUUUUGUGAAUCAUGUGGCUUGAUUAUUCAUAACACAGGCGCUUGUGUCAUCAACAAUGAAGGUUUUGCACCAGAUGGAAACGAUGACAGCGGUGAUGAAAAUGAUGAGGAAUAG